AUGCCAAUGUCAACAAAAAGACCGCACGCGCCCGGGCUUUGCAUUUGGAUCCUCGGUCCUAUUGUCAUUCAUUUUUUUUGUUUCCCAGUGACUGUCAUUCAUUUACGCACGUCCACCAUGCGUUCGUCUUUCCUCCUCGCUGGCAACCUUUGGGUCAUUCUGGGCGCAGCUACCUCAGCAAAGCUAGAGCAACGCGAUGAUGUCGAGGAGUGCGUCCAGGAUGGGCUGUUGAACUGUUUCAGCAGUUCACUGGUACAGGCCAGCCAAUUUUGUACCAACUCGAUCGUCACAGCAACUGCAUUCACCGAGGUCGUCACUGUCACCCCUACCGUCACCGUUACCAAUGCCGUCACCGAAACUGCAACUAUCACCGAACCUGUCACCGAACCCACGACCAUCGCACAAAGUCUACCCCUGAAAGCUAGACGCAGGAAAAGGGGCUGCUCCAACAGACUGCCAUUGAGCUGCCUGCGCAGCUUCGCUUCUUCCGUCGAGCCACUGCAGUUCACUUCUGCUUGCGGAUGCAUUGGGAUCACAGCGACUACUGAGCUUGCUACCGUCACUGCUGAUGUCACAAGCACAAUUUUUGAAACACCGACCGUUACCGAAUAUGUCACCGUUAGCCCGACACCUGUGGAGGAAGAAUCUACCCAGCAACCUACAACCGAGCCCACGACAACCGAGCCAGCCCCCACAACUCCAAUUGAAGAGUCUACGCUCGAGCCCACAGCAACCCCGACCCCUGAGGUGACCACGACAACCACUGCCGAAGAGUCGACACUCGAACUCACCACGACAACAGCGCCUGAGCCCACAACAUCCACUGUUUCCGUGCCCGAGUCCACCACAUCAGCAGCACCAUCUCCGUUGAUCACCAACGGGGACUUCAGCGGUAACUCGCUGGAAGGAUGGAGUAUCACCAACAGGGUCGGUACCGGUGCCAGCGUUGGGGUUAUCUCACAGGGUGCUGGCAAUUACGUGAUGGAGAUCCAGUCGAGCUACUUUGUCAGCGCCACCAUCGCCGGACUUUCUGUGUCUCAAACUAUCAACUGGUGUGUCAGCCUCCUCGGGCCUUUACGCAUAGUGGUAUGCUAA